ACAAAAAUGAACCCUAGAGAUAAAACUAAAGGAGUCCACCUCCUUCAUCUCCAAUUCACUCACGUUCAAAACUUACCAUCAACUCCCUAUUCUCUCUGCCUCUGAACCACGUGAAACCAACUCUCCAUCUCAAUCGCAUCUCUCACUCAGUUCGCUCCAACCAAACACUUCCCCUCUUCACGAUUUUCUCUCUAAAAUCCUUCUCACGGCUCCUUCACUCACUAAAAUCCUUCACUCACUAAGAUCCUUCUCCCAGUUCGUUCUCUCUCUACGAACAAAAACAAAACGCUCUGUGUUUCGAACAACAACCAACAAGAAAAUCCCGAGUUGAAUCAGAUGAAGCUGCACGUGUUGUGCUGAACGAUAAAACUGAAACUCCGGCAGGGAAGAUUUUCAAAGUCUCUAUAAUAAAGUUUGACAGAAAACCUAGAAAUGAGCUCAGGUGGUGCAUUUGGUGGAAACAGGGGUCUCCGUCCCAUUCCUCCGGAAAAGGGAGUUUUCCCAUUGGAUCACAUGCAUUUGUGUGACCUGGACAAGAAGGAAUAUCUCAAUUGUUUAAAGACUGCUGGAAGCAAGUCGGAAAUAUGCAGGGAAUUCUCAAAAAAAUAUUUGCAAUGUCGUAUGGAAAAGAACUUGAUGGCAAAACAAGAUUUGGCCGAACUUGGUUUCAAGGAAAGUAAUGCAGAAACUCCUGGAGGGAAAAUUCCUGAGAGGAUUGGGGAUCAAGAACAAUGAACCUAAAUAACUUAGAAUGUAUAUCACUUUUGAGGUUUAAGUUUUGGUAAAUGUCAUUCUUUCCUUUCUCAUUCAGUUUAUUUUGAUAAGCAAAUGUCUAACCAUAUAAUAAUAAUUUUUUUUUGCAAUACAUUAGUAAUUUGUACAUUUGAAAAUUUACUUCACUUUUUUUAAUGAAUUGAAACUUUACUUAAUCUUUUGUUUUAGUUGCUAUCAAAAUGUAUAAGCCAUUUUUGGUAACUUUAGCUGCCUAAUUCAUCCUAAUAUUUUAUUUAUUUGCGACUACACUAUUAAAGUAAGUGUGAUUGCUACUAUGUGGUAGAUCCCUUCGUCUUAUUCUUCAGAUCGAUUGGAAGUUGUAAAACAGAUAAAGUAAUAAUUUCUUGAGUUUAAUUGAGUCUCUGACAUUUGGGCAGUGCAUACUGCAUAUUCAAUCAACUUAAGGAGGGGGCCAUACCCCAAUCCUUGUUUUCGAUGUGCUCACGGCGAGUUGGAGAGUAGUGUUCACUGUUCCUACAUUGCAAGUUUGCAGUGCAAAUUUGAAAUGCGGUGUUUAGAUGGUUGCGAAUUGUCCAUAUUCUCUCUUCAGACUUCUUUUAGUUAUUUGCUAAGUUGGUCUUUCUUCCAACUUCUUUUAGUUAUUUGUGAUGGAGGUAGGGUGAUGCAAGAGGAGUUAGGAGUGGAUUAAAAUUGAUUUGGCAGGCCGAAAUUUGAUGCUGUUAACCCAAUCAAUUCACUCAAUUCUACUGAUUUUUUAUCAAGUGCAUUCUAGUCUAGUGGUGUUAGAACCUUUGUUAGUUUCCGGCUCAAAGUUGCUAGGCCUACUGAAUUCCAACUACCCGGCCUUGUCAAACAUGCUACAUAUAAGGCAUAUGUCAUUGAUCCAUUAAGUUAACUUUGAUUAAACUUCACCUAGUAGUUUUGGAUGUAGAGUAUUUUAUUGGCGUGUUAAAGUCAUUUGGGUUUUACGUAGGGUGUAUUAUGAACUUGGCCAGAACGUAUUGAAUGGAGAUGGAGGAAGUGAAGAAGGAUGAAUGCAGGGAUUAAUUUUUUAAGAGGUUCAUAUUAGACGCACUUUUGGCUUUUCUUAGUGUAUUAUGAUGCUAGCUAGCUAUGAGACACAAGAAAUUAACACCAUGCAUAGCAACUUUAUUUCAAUUUUCAUAUAUAUAAGUACAACCAUAUAACAUGACAAAUAUUACAAAUACAAAAAUGUAUAAAAUAUAUAUCUGGACCUGGACAUACCAAAAUGCUAGAUAACUAGCCAAAGCUCAACAUUAUAUUAUUUUUUAGUCAAAUAAUCUAGUGGUCGGACUAUUACCUUUUAAAUGUAAAUAGGUAGGAUGUUGCAGGUCCGAAUCUGUCUCAUGCUUGGUCACAACCUCUGAUCAUGGAAGGGUUUGAGGAGGGGGUUGGGUACCACACAACCUUUGGUAAAUAUCACAAAAGUUUCUAAGAUUAAAAACAUAACACAACGUAUACAGAUGUCUACAAUUUAACAGAUUUAGCAGUUGGUGAUCUUCUUCAUCACCCUUAACAACACUCAUAAUUCCUACAAUAAUAAUGAGAACUAAAAGAAAGGAAGCAAACAUGGUUUUUGCCAUACUAUAUGAAUAAUGAGAUUAAUGUUACUCUUUUACACUUUAUUACACUUUAUUGCUUUAUUUCUCUCAGAUUGCAUGGAAUAAAAUGAAUUGGCUCUUAAAUUUAUAGAACAAAUGAAUUGACUUUUGCGUGAGGAAAACUAUUUUUAAGAAUUGAAAACGUAUGGGAGUUCUAUAAAAUUGAAUAUUUACUACGUGUGGUUUCUUUUUAUGAGUGUAGUUUAAGGUUGAUUAGAUUCUAUUAUUUAAUAAAAUAGAAGGAAUAAAUGGUAUAUUAUAAUUGAUAUAGAAGGGUUGGAGGUUGGUGUAGAAAAUUAAAAAGCACUAUAAAGAGUAACUAUUGGUAAUUGAUUGUGUGCUGGUUGAGUUCUAAUUUUCUUCCUAAAUAUGGUCAUAAUGAUAUAUUUGGGUGGUGCUUGGUACUGUAGUCAUGUGUACUAUGGAUCGGAAUGGGUAGCGUUUGGGCAGCAUACCAUAGUAUUGUUUCCAUAUUAGUG